GUCAUUACCAUUGGUGCAUCCCUGAGCUCAGAGAGAACCGAGUAUGAAUUCAGACAAGCUGUCAGUGCUUUGAACCGCAACUUAGCUCACACACGUCUGAUCUUUAACUCCACAUCUAUCCUCAUGGACAGUAACCCAAUCCGCUCAGCUCUGGAUAUCUGUGAUCGAUUACUAACCCAACAUGUGUUCACAGUGGUGGCAUCACACCCUAAUUCUACAGACCAUUCACCCAUUUCUGUGUCCUACACAUGUGGCUACUACAAAAUACCAGUGAUCGGUAUAUCUGCUAGAGAUUCAGCAUUUUCAGAUGUGAAUGUACAUAAAAUGUUCCUGCGUACGGUGCCACCAUACUCACACCAGGCGGAUGUUUGGACCCGACUGCUGGUGGACCUGUCUUGGCACAAAGUCAUAUUUCUCUACAGCGCUGACGAGGAAGGAAGAUCUAUUCUUAGCCGUUUCCAGAAUCUGGCUGAUGAGAAUGGCAUCAGAAUUGAGCCAUCCGUCAAGUAUGCUCCGGGCGAGAAGAACUAUACAGCCGAACUAGAGCCUAUUCUGAAACACACAUCCAGAGUCAUUCUGCUGACUGCUUC